UCAGGUGUCCCCGCUCUGUCCCGGCUCUGUCCCCGCUCUGUCCCCACUGUCCCCGCUGUGUCCCCGCUGUGUCCCCGCUCUGUCCCCGCUCUGUCCCCGCGGUGUCCCCGCUCUGUCCCCGCUCUGUCCCGGCUCUGUCCCCGCUGUGUCCCGGCUCUGUCCCCGCUCUGUCCCCGCUGUGUCCCCGCUGUGUCCCGGCUCUGUCCCCGCUCUGUCCCGGCUCUGUCCCCGCUCUGUCCCCGCUGUGUCCCCGCUCUGUCCCGGCUGUGUCCCCGCUCUGUCCCCGCUCUGUCCCCGCUCUGUCCCGGCUCUGUCCCGGCUCUGUCCCCGCUCUGUCCCGGCUCUGUCCCCGCUGUGUCCCGGCUCUGUCCCCGCUCUGUCCCCGCUCUGUCCCCGCUCUGUCCCCGCUCUGUCCCGGCUCUGUCCCCGCUCUGUCCCCGCUCUGUCCCCGCUCUGUCCCGGCUCUGUCCCGGCUCUGUCCCCGCUCUGUCCCCGCUCUGUCCCGGCUCUGUCCCCGCUCUGUCCCCGCUCUGUCCCCGCUCUGUCCCCGCUCUGUCCCGGCUCUGUCCCCCCCGUCCCGGGACUGGUCCUACCCCCCCAUGGCAGGUCCUCCGGGCCGGCAGGGGGCGCUGGCCGCGGCCGCCAUGGGCGCCGCCGUGCCCCUGGGCUGCGCCGCGAUCGCGCUCGGGCCCGCGGCCGCGCUCGUGCUGCUCACGGUGGCGGCGGAGCCGCUGCUCGUCAUCGUGCUGGUGGCGGGGGCGUUUGUCUGGCUGCUGUCGCUGCUCGCGGCCUCGCUGCUCUGGGCAGUGUCGGUGCGGCUCAGCGGGCGGGAGGACGCGGCGCUGCUGCUGCUCGGAGCCGCCGCCGCCGUGCUGCUGCAGGAGCUCUGCAGGUUCGCCUGCUUCAAAAUGCUCAAGAAGGCGGAUGAAGGGCUGGCGACCCUCAGCAAGGAUGGGCGGUCCCCGAUCUCCCUGCGGCAGAUGGCUUACGUGUCUGGGCUCUCCUUUGGCAUCAUCAGUGGCGUCUUCUCCAUCACCAACACCCUGGCAGACUCUGCGGGGCCGGGCACCGUCGGCAUCCACGGGGACUCCCCGUACUACUUCAUCACCUCUGCCUUCCUCACCAUGGCCCUGGUACUGCUCCACACCUUUUGGGGCAUCAUCUUCUUCGACGCCUGCGAGCGGCGCCGCGCCGGGGGCCUGGGGCUGGUAGUGGGCAGCCACCUGCUCACCUCAGGGCUGGUAAGCAGGAGCCUGAGGGCCAGGCCAUGCUCUACUCGGCGCUGCAGGUGCCUCCUGAGGGGUGAGGGAGCCAUGGCCCCACAGCUGGACACUCCUGCCAAAGCCUUCAGCCCUCCUGCUCCGGGGGAAUUUGUGUCUGCCCAGUUCCUGGGGGCCUUUGGGGUCUCACUGGUGCUCCUGGGGACUUUGGGGUCUGACCACCACCCUCUUCCCUUUGUUCCCAGAUUCUGUUGACACCUUUCCCUCAGCUUGAGGCUCUGGGGAACGCCAAGGUGGGCCAGAUGCCCUGGGGGAAGUCCAGGCCUGGGGAAGUCAAGGCAGGACCCCCCCAUUUCCUUGUGUUUGUCGCUCUGGGGGGGGGUCCCUACCGCUGGUGCAGCCACUGGUGCUGGGGGUGAUGCUCUGGGGGUGGGGGGCACCGGGACUGGGAUGCUCUGCCCUUCUGACCCCUGUUCAGCUCCCAGGAGGGUUGGAGGUGCAGCGGGGAGUCAAUUAUUUUUUUGAUGAAGAGUAAAACCAUUUUAC